AUGGUCUUGGAGGCCCGCUCCCUUCCCCAAAAUGGUGAUACCUCAUACUACCGCUAUAACCCCUCAUUAGCGGCCGCCGUUGUCGCCGCUGUUUUCUACGGCCUCGCUUUUAGCGCCACUUUCCUGCUGUGGAUCAGAUAUAGAUCCUGGGUUUGGAUUGUCAUGGUCGUUGCUGCGGCUAUGGAGGCAGUUGGCUACAUCGGACGAUGCAUCUCAGUACAGAACGUUACAGAAAAGUCUAUCUAUGCCCUUCAAUUUUCCCUUAUAAUCCUUGCACCGGUUCUCAUGGCUGCUUGCUGCUAUGUUCUUUUCAGUCGCAUUCUUUUCCUGGUCGUCCCCAGUGAGAAACGAUCCUUCCGACUGUGUUGGGUACCGCCGCGGUUCAUUACCCCCAUAUUCGUUGGCUUUGAUAUCGUUGCUCUUCUUCUCCAGCUGGGUGGUGCGGUGAUGAUUACUUCGGUAGACCCUGGAGACGUGGAUGGAGCCGACAAGCUUGAUCGGGGAAAGCAUAUUGCCCAAGCCGGUGUCAUUAUACAGUUGGCCGCCUUCGGUCUUUUCUCAUUGGCUGCUGCUCGCUUCAAUUUCACCUCGAAGCAAUUUUUUGCGACUAUGCGCGAGCGGUACGAAAGAUUCGGAGAAAAGGACUAUAUCAUCGAUGGUAUUGCGAAGAACAGACAUUGGCCGGCGCUAUUACGGGUUGUGAACCUUACUUCUCUGUUAAUAUUGGUCCGCUCGGUCUAUCGAUUGGUGGAGUUUACUGAAGGCUCGACAGGGUACCUCAAUACUCAUGAGUGGGCCAUGUACGUCUUUGACGCAUUGGUCAUCUACCCUUGCAUCGUUCUCUUCAUAUACUGGCAUCCUGGAAGGUAUUUGCCGUAUCUGGGUUUCCGUCUACCUAAGCACACUCGCUAG